UCCCACCGUGUGCAGCACCAAUGGCCUCUGCCAAAGACAAUGUUCCACUAGCGCCCCAGUCACUGCCUCGGCAAACCAGCAACGCGCGCCCCCCACCGCCGCAGCGGCCUAAGGUGGCGAACGGCGCCACCGAGCCGGCGGGCGGCGGCGUCGUCCUCAAGUGCACGUGCUUCCGCCUGCCCAGCCGCUCCAAUUCCAAGAAGAAGACGCUGCCGCCGCCGCCGCCUGCCCUGAAGAUCAGCAGCGCCAGCCGCAGGAGCGCGGUGGUGCCCGAUGACGUGCCUCGGGCCUCGGCGUCCCAUUCCCGGCGCGUCACCUUCCGGGCCUCGGCGUCCCAUUCCCGGUGCGUCACUUUCCUGGCCUCGGCGUCCCUCGCCACGUGGUGGCCGGCGUCCCCGUCCGCCGCGGCCUCUGCCGGCGCCGCUGGCGGGAGCGCCGCGCCGCCGAGGAGGGCAUCGGCGUCGUCGGCACCUCCGCGGAACGCCGGCGCCGCCGGGGACCCGAGGGCGUCGUCCUCGUCCUUCUCGCACUGGCGCCGGUCGCUGUCGCCCCGGGUGAUGCCGCACGGCGGGCGCGCGUCCUUCUCCUUCCCGGCGUCGCCGGCGUCCGCGUCGUCCAGCUGCAUGAGCACGCCCAAGAUACCGCAGGGCUGCCAGCAGCAGGGGUAG